CCAACGUUUGGGAAGCGGGGUGGGAGGUUCCGCUCCCGUGCUGGGGCUGAGCGGGGAGAGCCCUUCCCUUGGGCUGGAUUUCUCUGAUUUCGGCUCAGUGUGGGGUUCUGUGGGAAUGCCCUGGCCCGCGUAGCAGUGGGGAGCAGGCGCCUGGCAGUGGGUCUGAGGGGUCCAGAGCCCCCGGGGGGGGCAGAAGAAUCGCAGGACAGCUUAGAAGGGGCCUUAAAGAUCGUCUCAUUCCAACCCCCGGGGGCUGGAGGGGGAUUUCUGAGGUCCCACUGACCCCGCUGGCGUGCUGGUUUGUGUCGGGUGGGGAGAAAGGGGGAAAGGGCAGACUUGCCCCAGUGCCCCCCACCAGAAAACGGGGGCUUUACCCAGCUCUGGAAAUCGGUAAGAUUUGCCCUGGUGCCACCGGCAUGUUCUGGCUUUCCCCCAGCUCCCGCUAGCUCCGCCUGUGACCUUGAUUUUUCUGCUCCAGAUCCUUGCUGGGUCCCCACCCCUCCCCACGAGCCCCUCCUGCGCUGCCGCCCCAGCCCCGCAGAGCAGAGCAGAGCCCGCUCCUCCGCCUGUGAGUCAGCACAGCCCUUCCGAUCAGCGGCGGCCCCUUCUCCCCUCCGGGAGGAGCUGGGAUGCGGGAAGCAGCAGCCAUUGGCGGCUCCCGGCGGCUCGGUGCCGCAGCCCUGCGCUGAGCCCCGCUUCUCCCUCGCUGCACCCACCUGUAUCCUGCUCCUGGCCGUCCUCCUCCUCUUCCUCUGCCAGCCUGGAGCUGCGCUGGACGUCCCCCGCAUCCUGAGGCGUGCUGGCAUCGCGGCCCCCCCCCCCCCGGCCUCCGGCGUCGCUCCCCCCCUGGCGAUCCCGGGGAGCCAACGGCAGCUGCCCGCCGCCGGCACGUGGCUCGCGUAGCGCCGGCCGCCACAGAAGGACCUUGUUCGCUCCUGGACCGUGCUCGGAGCGGGGCUGGGCUGGGCUCGGAUGUGCUCUGUGGCUGCCUUGUCUCAGGGCUUUAAAUAUUCAUGCUUUUGAUUUCCUCUUAGCUGCUGGCAACCGCUUGCGGAGCACAGGGGCCAGAGCGAGCCGGCGGGGGCGGAGGGGCAGCGGUUUGGGAUUCAUCUGCGGGGCAGAGGGGGCUGCGCUGAGCCCUUGCUGAAGACAAUGGGAUUCAUUGCCGGUCCGGUUCGGGAGCAGCGUGGGGCAGCGGGGCUCGAGGACCUCCCGGCCGGGCACCGAGCGCACUGAGAGCCCCCGCACCGGCUGCUCCACGCAGCCCCAGGGUGUAGCCGCAGCCUCGCUUCCUCCCCGCUGCAUUGGGAGCAGGGGUCGUUCUCCAUCUGGCCGGAUCCCUGACGGAUCGCUGACGCUGGUUGCUAUCGAUCGGCUGGGACGGCGUGGAGCUGGGCAGCCCCUGCUGCGUGCCGGCCCGAGCGUGCCGGAGCCGGGGCCGGAUCUCUUCGUGAGCCAUGCGGGGCUGGCGAGUGCCUGGCACUGAGCUCGGCCGAGGCCGGCGCGUGGGGGAGGAUUCCCGGAGGCUGUAGGCGCUCAGACGCUCCAUGGGGUUUCUGUGAGGGGUGGGCAUGUGCCAGCCCUUCUCGCCUCUCUCCAGAAUGGAUCUCCUGCAGAAGAGCAAAUACAGCCACCUGCGGAACGAGUCUGUCUCCUCCCUGGAGGAGGCGGUGGGAGCCUUGGGGACCCCGGCGUCCCCGGUGGAGUCCCUCGCAGGCACACUCUCUCUGCCUGGCUCCCUGUCGUCCUCCUCCCUCAGCCCCAUGCUGCCUCUCGGGGAGCUCUCGUCAGAAUCGGAGGACAGCCCCACCACCCUCUGCUCCUUCUUCCCCAAAAUGGCCAACCUGAAGCUCUCCAACCCUGCCAACCUGCUCAGCCUGCGGGGCUCCUCUGCUGGCAGCCUCAAGGAGGCCGGGAGCCCGGGGCAGCCUGUCAUGACCGGGACGCUUGCACCGGCGCCUGAAGGAGCUGCCAACCCCGACUCAGCGGGACCUGUCACUGUCUGUUCCCAGGAUAUGAACAAGCUGACCUGUGGGAAGAAGACGCGGGUGGAAGGCGGCCAGCUGGGCGGUGAUGAAUGGACCCGCCACGGCAGCUUCGUCAAUAAGCCCACGCGCGGCUGGCUGCACCCGGAUGACAAGGUCAUGGGUCCUGGGGUCUCCUACCACGUCAGGUACAUGGGCUGUGUAGAAGUCCUUCAGUCCAUGAGGGCUUUGGAUUUCAACACGAGGACUCAGGUCACCAGGGAGGCCAUUGGCCUGGUGUGUGAGGCCGUGCCCGGUGCCAAGGGAGCCGUGAGGAGGAGGAAGCCCUGCGGCCGCUCCCUGAACUCCAUCCUGGGCAAAAGCAACCUGAAGUUCGCCGGCAUGCCCAUCACCCUGACCAUCUCCACCAGCAGCCUCAACCUCAUGGCCUCUGACUGCAAGCAGAUCAUUGCCAACCAUCACAUGCAGUCCAUCUCCUUCGCUUCUGGGGGCGACCCGGACACAGCUGAGUACGUUGCCUACGUUGCCAAAGACCCCGUCAACCAGAGAGCCUGCCAUAUCCUGGAGUGCCCUGAGGGCUUGGCCCAGGAUGUGAUCAGCACAAUCGGGCAGGCCUUCGAGCUGCGCUUCAAGCAGUACCUGAAGAACCCCCCGAAGCUGGUGACACCCCACGACAGGAUGGCGGGGUUUGAUGGCUCGGCCUGGGAUGAGGAAGAGGAGGAGCCUGCCCCAGAUCACCAGUACUACAAUGACUUCCCCGGCAAGGAGCCUCCUAUCGGGGGGGUCGUGGACAUGCGGCUGCGGGACGGGGCUGCGCAGACCCCCAAUCACCUGGGGGCCACGCUGCCUGUUGGCCAGACGUCUGGUGGGGAAUUUGACCCCCGGAAGCAGCACGGUCCCCCCCAAGCAGGGAGAGAGAAAUACCCAGCUGCAGCAGGCGCGUCCAGCCGCACGGACCUGUUUGAUGACCCAUCUUACGUGAACGUGCAGAACGUGGACAAGGCACGCCAAGCAGCAGCUGCAGGCAGCCCUGCAACAGCCAACGGCAGUGCCCAGCGAGACCUCUUCGACAUGAAGCCAUUUGAAGAUGCCCUCCGUGCCCCCCCGUCUGUGCCCGUGACCCUGCCUCCUGCCCAGGUGGUGGCUUCCAUGGAGGAGCAGCUGAGACGGGAGCCCUGGUACCACGGGAAGAUGAACCGCAAGGAGGCUGAGAAGCUGCUGAAGGUGAACGGGGAUUUCCUGGUGCGGGAGAGCACCACCACCCCCGGGCAGUACGUGCUGACCGGCCUGCAGGGUGGGCAGCCCAAGCAUCUGCUGCUCGUCGACCCCGAAGGAGUGGUCCGGACAAAAGAUCACCGUUUUGAGAGCGUCAGCCACCUCAUCAGCUACCACAUGGACAAUCACCUGCCCAUCAUCUCAGCUGGCAGCGAGAUGUGCCUGCAGCAGCCGGUGGAGAGGAGACUGUGAGCUCCUGGGGGCCUCGGUGCGCGCCCCCCCCCAGCCCUGCUUCCCACCCUGGGGAGCACUUGGACUCAGCCGGGGCUGAGCGUGGACUGCCUUGGGGACGGGCCUGUCCCUCCUGCCACCACGCAGAGCUGGCGGCCGCGGGGUGCGGGCAGCGUGGUGUGAGCUGCCUGCGGGGCCAGGGGCUGGUGGUGCCAAAGCCCCCUCCUCUCCUCCCAGCUCCAGCCUUCGCACAGCUGCUCUGCUCGUACCAAAUCUCGGCCCCAUACGGUGUCACCGCAGGGCCAUGAGCCCGGGGCCGGGUCCUGCUCCAGCCCGGUUGGAACUGAGGGUGGCCGGGCCUCGUCCCGUGAGCAGCACCAGCCCCAGGGGGGGCUCACCCAGGGCUGGGCCCUGCGCUCUGCUCCCCAAGCACAAGGCCCGGCCGGCCGCGCACCGAAUGUACCCGAUCACUUUAUGUGUAACUGUGCCUUGACCCCGCAGGUCCCACACAUAUAUGCAAUGCAGCCGGGCUGGGGGCGAGGGCUGACAGCUCCCCCGUGCCCCCCGGGCCCUGCCAAGCCCCCUCUCGGGCACCUCCCUCGCUGCCGGAGCUGGCCGGGCCCCACUGCAUGCACCUCGACCCCCCGAAGCCAAAGCGCAGCCCUGUCCCGGCCCUGCUAUAACCAAAGGAUCCGGCGGUUCGUAUUAAAGUUGGUAUUUCUUUA